ACAUCUCCCGCGCCCACGCAACCGAAAACAACCCUCGAUCCUUCCCUCAUCCAUGGCGGACGCACGUAUAUAUACGCCACACUCAUCUCCAUCGAGCAAUAUCUUUCACACGUACGAGUAACCAGGCAGUCAGCAACUCAAGAACACACCAAGCUAGUUAAUCAAGACUGACCAUUGUCCAUUGAGUGCGAGAGAUCGAUCGACAAUGGACGGCGGCGGUUUGAGCGCCGACGUGGGGCGGUCGGUGCGGGUGAUCAUCGAGGGCCAGCCGAGCGCGCAGGGGAUGUUCGCGGCGACGCCGUUCGAGCCGCAGCUGUCGGACUCGCCGCCGCGCUCCAGCGUCGAAUUGGCCUCCCAGCAAGAGCCCUCCUCCUCCUCGUCGUCUUCCUCGUGCAGCGCGCCGGAGAGCUUCGGGCCGGAGCGGAGGCUGACGCUGCUGGCGCUGCGGCUGGCGAUCCUGGAGAAGGCGGCGAGCGGGCUGGGCGCGCUGGGCUUCAUCUGGGCCACCGUCGUCCUCCUGGGCGGCUUCGCCAUCACGCUGGGCCGCGACGACUUCUGGGCCGUCACCGUCAUCCUCCUCAUCGAGGGCGCCCGCAUCUUCAGCCGCAGCCACGAGCUCGAGUGGCAGCACCAGUCCACCUGGUCCCUCUCCUCCGCCGGCCGCUCCUCCUUCCGCCUCGUCGCCCGCUCCUUCCGCUUCCUCCUCAACCUCCGCUCCUCCAAACUAACGCCGUCCCCAUCGUCUUCUUCCUCCGCUAGCACCAAGUCGUCGUGGAGGAGCUGGGGCUUCGUGUCCAGGCACGUCGGCAGGGCCUUCUACUGGCUGCAGCUGGCCUCGGCCACGGCCUGCGUCACGCUCUCGGCGACACGGCUCGUGAAACAGGACUUCGGGGAGGCCAUGGACGCGCGCACCAACCGGCGGUCCGCGCUGGACAUCUUCUACGGGCUGGCGCUGGCCGAGGCGCUGCUGUUCCUGGCGGAGAAGGCCAUGUGGGAGUGGGAGGUGAGCCACGGCCGCCUCCUGGAGCGCGUGGCCGCCGAAUGCCGCCUGGCGGGCGCGCCGGGGCUCCUCGCCGUGCGCCGCUUCUUCUACGACGCAUACUCCCGCUGCGUCGACGGGAGCAUCUUCGACGGCCUCCGGAUGGACCUCGUCUCCUUCGCCGAGGAGCUCCUCGUCGAAGGCUCCCACGACGAGCAACGCAUCGGCGUCGGCAUCCUCGUCAAUGUCGCGGGUUCCCCGCGGCUGGGAGAUGCCGCUCUGCGCCGGGUCGGCACGUCGGGCGCCGUCAUGGAGCGGCUCGUGGAGAUGCUCAGCUGGAAGGGCGUCGCCGAGGCCGGCGCGCGCGCGUCGGCCGCGCUCGUGGUGUCCAAGCUGGCCGGGAAGAAGCGGAACGCGCUGCGCGUGGCCGGGAUCCCGGGCGCCAUCGAGUCCGUGUCGUCGCUGCUCUACGCCGCGGGGGACGAGGAGUGCAACCUCCUGGGCCUCCUCAUCAUCAAGAAGCUCGCGCGCGACCACGACAACUGCUGCAAGAUCGGCAACGCCCGCGGACUCCUCGACAAGAUCAUCGACUUCUCCGCCAUCGAACCAUAUUCUUCUUCUUCUUGUUCAGCCGGGGGUGCCGUGGUGACGAUCACGCCCUCGAGGGCCAAGGCGGUGAAGCGGUCGCUGCAGGUGAUCCGGAUGCUGGCGGACACGACGGGGGGCACGGGGAAGCAGCUGCGGCGGGAGGUGGCGGAGAUCGUCUUCACCGUGAGCAACAUCCGCGCCGUGCUCCAGCACGGCCACGGCCACCUCGAGCUCCAGCGGCUCGGCGCUGAGGUGCUCACCAGGCUCGCCAUGGACGCCGACGCGCGCGAGAAGAUCGGCGGCACGGGGAGCGUCGUCUCCCUCCUCCUCGCCAUGUUCUUCCGCCCAGGGAUUACCGACGAGGGCGACGCCGCGCGCGUCGAGGCCGGCGAGGCGCUCGCCAUGCUGGCCCUCGACAGCACGCGCAACUGCGGCAGGAUUCUCAAUGCCGGGCCGGGCAUCGUGGGCCGGCUCGUGGAAGCCCUGGACGACGAGGUCGUCGGCGUCGGCGCGGCGAGGAUCCUCACGAACCUCUGCGCGUACUCCGGAGAGCGGUUUAUGCAGGAGGAGCUCCGCGGGGUCGUGGCCACGGUGGUGCUGCGGAACGUGAUGGCGAAGAAGACGAAGCCCAGGCUGCUGGAGGUGUCGCUGGGCCUGGCGGCGCAGGCGGUGAAGCUCAUGGCUGGCCCGGGCCCGGAAGAAGACGAGCUGGGCCAGCACCUGGCCCGCGCGGGGGUGAGCGGCGAGGACCUGGUCAGCAGGCUGGUGGCCGUGCUGGCGAGGUACGGCAGCCCUUCGAUCAAGGUGCCCCGGAUCCGACGGUUCGCCGUGGAGCUCGUGAUCGCGAUGCUGAGCACGGGCGGCUCGUCGUGUUGGGCGGAGACGAUGGCGGCGGCGGGGGUGGCGCGGCAGCUUCGGCGCGUGGCGGAGACGACGUCGGAGCUGGAGUGCUUCCACGUGUUCUCCGGCAGCGCCGGGGUCAGCAGGCACGGGGUCAGCCUCUGCGCGCUCGUCGACACGGCGCUCGACCUCAUGGCCGCCGCCGGCCAGUAAGGCUUGCAUGCAGCAGUAUCCGAGCUGGCUGGCUUCAGCUUCACUGCGUGUUGCGUGUUGCGACGUUUGCUGUUGCGUACGGGCGUGCACAUCAGCUGCUGAGUUGGGGAUCGGGCAAGCUUGUCGUGUGCAUCAUUGAUUCUUUCUUUCGAUCAUUCCUACGGAGUGCUCAUAGCCUCAUAGAAUAUUCACACGGAUUUCGAUGCGUAUAUAAAAUAUGUUGCUUCAUUUCUUCGAGUUU